CACACACACACACACACACAUCAGCAGCAGCAGCAGCAGCUUCUUCCAGAAGUUUCCGUUCGCGGUUUAAGGCUCGACGGCGGCACACAGACACUCCUGAGUGAACACCGUGUUUUUGUGUUGGCGGGGGAUAAGCGUAGUGACAUCUUUUCUCCUCGCCGGAGUGAAGAGUGGAAACUUAUCCACGGACUGUGACAAGUGACGGGAAGCUAACCUUGACAGUUAGCUAGCUCAGCUAAUUGUCCGCAGCGGCAGUGACAGCUGCGGCGGCGGAGGAGAGCAGCCCGUCCACCGAGCUGGCCCAAACACACUGGACAUGCUGGAUGUGUUUGUUGUGCAGUUAAAACUGAAGCGUCUGCGUUGAUGGUGUUUUGAUGAAGUGGAAGAAGAACUGACCGGUUGUUGUAAUGGGUAAAGAUUACUACAAAGUGCUCGGAGUAGCCAAGGGAGCGUCCGAAGAUGAGAUAAAAAAGGCGUACAGAAAACAGGCCCUGCGCUUUCAUCCUGACAAAAACAAGUCUCCCGGGGCAGAAGAUAAAUUCAAAGAGAUCGCAGAAGCCUAUGAUGUCCUCAGUGAUGCCAAGAAAAAGGACAUUUACGAUCGCUUUGGAGAGGAAGGGUUAAAGGGUUCGGCCGGAGGUGGAGGCGGAGGACACAGCGGUCAAAGCUACAACUACACCUUCCACGGAGACCCUCAUGCAAUGUUCGCCGAGUUCUUUGGUGGCCGCAGCCCUUUCGAUGAUUUCUUCUCACAAAAUGGGGAUGAUAACAUGGACAUCAAUGACCCCUUUGGAGCAUUUGGCAUGGGAAGAAUGGGCGGCAUGGGUGGGUUUCACAGGUCCUUUAAGUCCCGCCCAGGAGGCCCUCACAGAGCCCACCAGAGAAAGAAGGACCCGCCCGUGGUGCACGAGCUGAAGGUGAGCCUCGAGGAGGUCUUCUCAGGCUGCACCAAGAAGAUGAAGAUCUCCCGCAAGAGACUGAACCCCGACGGUUGCACCAUGCGUAACGAAGACAAGAUCUUAACAGUCGACAUCAAGCGUGGCUGGAAGGAGGGGACAAAAAUCACCUUUCCUAAGGAGGGAGAUGAAACUCCCGCCAACAUUCCUGCAGAUGUGGUGUUUGUAGUUAAAGAUAAACCCCACCCGGUAUUCAGAAGAGAAGGCUCAGAUAUCAUUUAUCCUGCAAAAAUCUCACUCAGAGACGCAUUGUGCGGCUGCACAGUCAACGCCCCGACGCUGGACGGCCGGACCAUCACUGUGACUUCCAGAGAUGUUGUCAAACCUGGAAUGAAAAAGCGCAUUGUUGGGGAAGGGCUCCCUCUGUCCAAGUACCCUGAGAAGAGGGGCGACAUGAUCUUGGACUUUACAGUCAGAUUUCCUGACAAACUGGGCCAAACCACUCGAGAUGCACUAAAGCAGGUCCUUCCACCAUGACAAGACAAAAAAAAAAAAACCCCAAAAAAGUAACAGUAAAGUAACAUUUCCAGUGACACCCUCCUGUGUAUUUUAGCCUGGACGACCGAGGCUCAGGGCAGAUUUGGUUCCAGCUGAGUUUAAUUUGACUUCUUAUCUAGUCAGUCUAAUGAGUGUCUUAAGACUUGGAAACUGACAGAACACCAGAGUUUACAUUUAGUUCAUUCAGCUGAGUAACAGUGUUAACAGCGUGCCGCAAUGUCAGGUCCGAGGAGAAAAAGUAAAUAGGAGGAAGUACAUUGUGGAUGUGUGUGUGUGUGUGUGUGUGUGUGUAUAUAUAGAUAACCAUACUAAGUGUCAAGUGAUGCUAAGGAGAAACCAGAGUGUUUUAAAAUUGCACCACUGGAAAAAUGUAGUGAGUGAGGAUUUAUAAUACCUCAGAUGCAGCAAUGUGUGCAUGAACGUAGCUAUAACUACACUACUCAACAGGAUAUGACUUCUGUUGCCGCUAGAUCAAAUCGAGGCUUAAAUACAGGAAGAAUCCCGAGAGGUUGAAAACGCCAGAGUUUUAAACGAGGAUCUGAUCCACGGCUUCAGCACCAACACUGACUUUAUGAAUCAGUAUUGGCCACAUGUGAUCGAUCGGCCUUAGAUACAACGUCUUUGUCAGCGUGGACUCGACGUCUGAGCUAUCUGCAGACACUGCGGCCCCACCGCCAUCUCACAAACUGACUAAAACAAUAUAAUCUAAAAUAUGCACAGGCCUAGAAAUGAUGAUGUACGGACGUCUCCAGUUAAGAAUAAAUAUAAACUUCCAGUUUUGUAAUUGUACAUAAGAGUGAUUCCAGUGAGUUCCCAGUGAGGGGGUAGCAUUAUACACAGAUUUUAAAUAUAAAGGAAGAGAGAGCACUCUGAUAUUUAAGUUAAAGUAUCAGGAGGUGAAUAAAUCCGAUUGGUCUAUCCCUGGCACAUCUCGCAAAAUGUUUACUUUUACAAUAUGUUGUUUAUUUGGGAGUACACAGUUUGUUACUUGUGUAAAAUAUCUAUGGGAAGACUUUUGUGCCAAAUAAUAGUAAUUAUAAUGUGUGUGUGUGUGUGUGUGUGUGUGUGUGUGUGUGUGUGUGUGUGUGUGUGUGUGUGUCCUGUCGUGUGACUGACCAUCUUUAGCCGUUUACUUCAUUCGUUACCUUUUUGAGUUUGCACAACGAUCACUAUGUUCCCCCCUCAUCUGAUGUUAAUCCUGUCUGUUUGACUUUAAUCCAAAGCCAGUGACUUUAUUUCUUUUUACCCAACACGGUAUAAACCCAGUGCAUUCAUCUGGUAUCACGUGAAAACAUGUAUAAGCCCCAGACUUAAGAGGCCCCCCAGAAUAUAUUUUUUAUGUUUGAUUGUUCUGUCUUAUUUCAUGUCUUCUCUUAUAGCUCAUCCCUGAAAGCAUUCACUCCAAGAUGUACAGAAAUAUGUAGUGUUCACAGUUCAGUGGGAACUUUAGAAUAACUACUGAUCUCUGUGCACCUUUGACUGUAUUGAUGAUGGAAGUUAGUAAAUCAUUUGGUUUAUUUUCACAUUUUUGGUGAUGUGACUUAAUCCUGCUCCUGCUGGGAUUUUAAGUUUCUAAUUGACACAAACCUGUGGUUUAACAUGAAUGUAGAGAUGUGUAAUCUCUGUAAUGUGUAUCUUUUUUUUUGUUUAAAAAAAGUUCUUGUUUUUUUCUCACAAAUAUUUUCCUUUUAUAGGGAAAAAUGUGUAAACAUUAUUUUGUUUAAUCUCCUGUUUAUGUUUAUUCCUCAGGUUGGGGUUUGAAAUAUUUUGGUUUUUAAGAACAAAGCUUUUAUGAAUUGAUAAUGUGAGGAGACAUUUUUAAUAGAUCUUUCCUAUGCUGUGAUGAUUUGCAUUUCCAAAUUAAAAGAGACUGGCAAAUAUUUAAUCAA